CUUUGCUACAGUCGCAGUCAGUGUUAGCGCAAACGACGACGACGGGAAAAUUCUGUGUGCAGCCAGUCAGCUUUUUCGGGACAGAGUGAAAAUUAUUAUCAUUCAUUCAGUUUUAAACUUUGGUGGAUAGGUCGCUCCCUUCCCGUGGAAUAUUCUGGGUAAACGGAAGAUUUGUUUUCUCGUUGGUAGGGAAUCCGGAAUAGUUGGUGAAUCUGUGAAUCGAUGCAAGUUUGGAAGAUUGGGCGAUUUGGCCAAUAAAUAAUUGCUCGAGCAAAUUUGGUUUCUGUGUGUGCUGUGGCGGGAGGAAAAGAGCAAAAAAAGUUGGUGCGUUGGAGCUGUCGAAUGGUUUCGCGAAUUCGCAACCGAAAGAGGAAGAUAAAAGGCCAAAUUUACUGAGAAACAAAAAAACGAGAUCGAGUUGAAUCGUUUCUUUCUGCGGAAGGAUUUUGGGGCUACGCCACCGCAGGUUUUUUUUCGAGGAAAAUCGUGAAGAACGAAGAAAAAUAUGUAGAUGGUGAUAAUCAUGGGGAAAACCUUUGCCAGUCGCUUGUGUCCCGAGUUUAUGAAAUCCAUUGAAGCUUCUUUGUGGCAAACGGCCCACCACUGAAUGUCCACAGAAUAUUAUCAUUAAAAUUUAUUGCCAUUAUCUGUCUGCCCCAACUGAAGAGCUACUCUAGCUAGAUAGCAUCCGGGACAUCCAGAAGGUGUUCUGUCUGGAAGCGGGAUUAAAAAAUUUCUGUCCAAUAAAGUGUUCUGGACUGUUACCAACUGGUAGUUAUCAAAAUUGAACUGUGGAAGCCAGAAUAAGUGAAGUUAGAGUGAUUAAUCGGAAUACAAAAUAAUUUGGUACCUAGUAUCUGUGAGGGAGUGUAUGGUAGAUUGUGGAAAAAAGAGGAAAACCCCCUACGUUGGUCUGUCUGGUCGAUUUCCAUUCAUGCAUUGAGCUGAGUGGGUUUCGGUUCUGUUUAGAAGGAGUGAACAAAUAUAACAUAAACGGCACCAGCCAUUCAGUCAUUUGGAGACCUAACAGUGUAUAAUCCAUUUGGUGCAACGUUCAAACAAUAACAAGUAAGGCCACCUUGUGCAGCAAACAGUUCGCUGGGAGUUGGAUCCGAGUAAUAAAAAAGCGACUAAGAAGUAAACCCUCGGUUCGGAAUUAAUUAAGACUAAAUUGCCGAGUAUCCAUUUCCAGUUUCCUGUGUGGAAUGUUCAACGAAUGCCGUAGCUCGUAAUUAAGUCCCCGGUGGAUUUGCAAAGUGCGUUUUGUUUUGCCUACGUUCGAUUGGAGAAAAAAAAUUGGCGCAAAUCCGUAUGAUUUGACGUUUUCCCCUAUCAGCGAUUAAGGUUCGUGAAAAUGUGCCACAAUUGUGAAGCUUAGAGAUAUGGUAGCGGAGUUAGCUCUUUUGGGUCCGGGGAUGGCUUAUUUCGGUGGCUGAGUGAAGGUUUGAGCGAGGUGAAUUUUUGAUGAAGAUAAGCAAAGGCCGAGGUUACGCGAUAGCAACGGAGUUGUGAAUUUAGUAUCGCCGUUGUGACGGCCCCGGGAAGCCAACUCGUCAUGACUGCUUUGCAAGUGCUGCUGAAUUUAUGAGAGUGAUAAUCGUCGAGCAUCUGCAUCCCAUAGAAGAGCAAAAGUUUGCAAUCGUUUGACGUAGCCUCCGGUUGUUGUGACGUGUGCCUAGAGGGAGAUUAGUUCGUUGAAUCACUUCCAGCAGUGCUAGUUUUGAGAAAAAAAGAAGUGAUUGAUCGACGUUCAACGUUUGGCAGCCGAAAUUUUUUGUCCCAGGCAAACUUUGUCAAAUUCGCUGCCAGUUUCCAGUGAAUUGCCGCGACAGCCAGUAGUAGUGGGUCUAAUCAGUGAAUGACACUGAUCGGGCCGGGUGCCCCAGGAAUGGCAUUUAUGAUGAAGAAGAAGAAGUACAAGUUCACGGUCGAGCUGCACCUGGAAGAGCUGGUUGAGGUGCCGUUCCUUAAUGCCGUACUGUUUGCAAAGAUUCGACUGCUGGACGGUGGAUCUUUCCAGGAGCACAGCAAUAGGGAAGAGGUGAAAAACCAUACCGUCAAAUGGGGCCAGAAGUUCGAGUUUCCCUGCAAGAUGACGUCGAAUGCGUCGACUGGAGUGCUGGAUCCUUGCACGGUUCGCGUUUCGGUGAGGAAGGAGAUCAAGGGAGGUCGGAGUUAUCAGAAACUAGGAUUUAUAGAUUUAAAUUUAGCCGAAUUUGCGGGAUCCGGACUGACGUCGAGGAAGUGCCUGCUGGAGGGCUACGACACCCGGCAUCGGCAGGACAACUCCAUGCUGAACGUCUCGAUCCGGAUGCACAUGAUCCAGGGUGAUAUUUUGUUCAAAGUUCCUUCGCCAAGCCCAAAGUCGAAAACGACCCUGCCGCCGGAUAACCUUGGGGUCGGCCUAGGGGGGCUGCAGCCAUCGAACGCAUCGUCCGUCACCCCGGUGGCUCCCGGAGUGAUACCGCCUUCGAUGGUUGCCAUUCCACCUCCGGUCGGGGCCGGUGGUACCGGAUCUAUCACCGUCGUCACCGUCGUUCCCGCUGCCAAUCGCAUUUCUACCAAAGACGAUUCAUCGAUAGCUUCCGGCUCGUCCGGGUUCGAUUCGUUGACGAAGAAGAAAAACCCGAUGCUGGCUGAACACCAGCAAUCAAUCGAGAUGGAUCCGCAAUCUUUCCUGAUAACCGACUCCGGGAUAUCUGAAUCUUCCGAACCGCCAUCGUCCAUGCUGGAUUCCAUCGCAUCCCAGACGACGCUUCCUUCCCUGUCCACGCACCUCGUGACGGUGAAUAGUGUGGGUGGUGGUGGCAGCAGCGUAACGACGCAUUGUGCAUUGACCGGCAGUCAAACCGGCACCGGAAGCAAUGCAGCAGCCCAGCAAACGGUCACCGGAACAGUGCCCGGUGGAAUCGAAAUGGGCCAUUCCCGCAAUUCGAGUAAUACUAGUCAAAUGUCCAAAGGCUCCGGUUACAGUAGCUUUUCCCACAGUCAACAUUCGCGGCAAAGUUCUGAGGGUGACUCCGGCCACCAAAGCAGUGUCACCACCGGUCCGGCCACCGCCACUUCCGUAUCGGUGUCCAACGGAAGUAGCACCGGAAGCAGUAGCGAGGGAACGCCUACCAAGAUUAUAACGGCUAACCGGUUGCUGUCCAGGCUGCGGAUGCCCCAGAGUCCAUGCUCGGACUCCGGGGACGAAGUGUUUGCCACACCGGAUGUUACUGUCAUGUCGGACGAGGGCGCUUCGAGCGAGGAUCGCACAGAUUCGGGUUUGGAUGAGUUCGGUACACCCACCUCGGAUAUCCCGUUGGCCACUUUGGUUAAGAUCAAGAGUAUGAAUAACCUAUCAAUGGGUAAAAAUGGGUCGUUCUUCCCGGAUGAUCAAGGCGAUAGUGGAGUGGAUGAGAAAGAUAGAUACUACGGAACUCCGGGUCAGCAGAUGAAUUUGAGUCGAAUGAAAUCGCUGGGUAAUUUGAGCGCCUACGAGCGAGAAUUCGGUGCCACACCAAUUGAUUUGCUCAAAUUGAAGAAAGAUUUCGAGUUCAAAAGGUUCAGUUUCGCUAAGAUGAAAUCAUUAUCGGAUUUGAACGAUGAUAGCGAAGAUGUUAUGGUGCAACGUCGGAAGGAAGUAACUAAAGAAAGCGAGCAGAUCAAAGUGCCUCCAACUCCGAUUGAGGAGAAGAAAAUGGCUUUCCAGCGGAAUGGAAUCGACUUCCCAAAUCGGCACCAUCCAUUUCAGGUACGGAAUUCUUUCCAUGGUGGUAUCUACCGGAAGAAAGCUGGCGUUGGUUAUACCCGUUACAUAGGUAUAGAGGACGAAACACCAUCACCGCUCACAAAGAUGAACUCCAUUCCCACUUUGAGUGCCAUGGAUCGUGUUGAUCACAAUCCAUUCCUUACGCCCAACAUCGGUCGUAAACGAUUUUCCUCCUCGAGUAACAGUCCGGACGAGAACGACCAAUCGCCGGUAGAACUGAGAAUGUCCCGCAAACUUGCCGAAGACGUAGUCGAUUCCGCCAAUUUACUCCGCACUCCAUUCGAACGUAACUUCCGCAAAAGCUCGCCUACCGAAGAUUUACGAUCCUCGCAAACGAUGGCCCCCUUCCGGCAGUCUGACAGUAACUUUUACAAUAUAAUCCGAAAUUACCCCAUCGGGAAGUCAUCCUCCACCAACCUGGAGUGGCUAAAACAUCGCUCUUCCUACAAUAAUUUCCCUCUCAGUGUAAAAUCGUCAACGGCCACCUCUCCCACGGCACCCGUUAGACUACCGGUAGCUUCCACAGGAUCCGCCACCGAAGGGGCCGGCACAGCACCCAGUUCGCCGUCUUCGAAUCAGUACAGUUCUCGCGUCUAUCAUAGAUUCCGAUCACUAGUACGGGUGAUCCUUAAAGUAGUUAUAAAAAGACAAACCAAUCAGUCGUCAACAAGCGUUAGCAAUAGCAAUAGUGCGACCAAAUUGAAGAAUAUUUGCGGUUUGCACCGCCGCUUGCUGGACGGAAGUACCCGUCAAUUAACCUCACUAACAUUCGCCUCAACGACACAGCCAUCGUCGCAAGCUUGUGGUGGUGGAUCAUCCGUUGCAUCGUCCAUUGCUAGUACCAGCCCUCAGUCAUACACGGUGUCGGCCUCGACGUCGGAUCAACUGGCCGGCUCCACCGGAACCGUUUCGACGACGGCCAUUGCCGAGAUACCGUGCUCGGCCCAGUACUGUGAUUUCGCUACCAAUACAACCAAUGCCACCAACAAUAACAUCAACAAUACCAUCAACAAUAACAAUGGCUGCGCCGCCAGUAGCAUUACUAACACGAUCGGUGGUGGCAGUUGUCUUGUGGCUCCCUCGUCGCUUGCCUUGAGACGGCCCAGUGCUAACAUAAAUCCAAGUUCCAGCUCAAUUCCGAUGAGCGAAACGGGUUCGCUAGAUCGGAUGAAGUCGGCAGCCGAGAGACGGAAGAAGGGUGCGCUCGAAAGUGACAGCGGGACGGCGCCUACGGUAUCUGGACGAGUCGAGGGAACCCGGGUCAAUGCGGGCCUGUUUAUCGAUGAACUGUUGAAGAACACAAAGCUGGACCACCUGGAGGAAUCCGACACCACUCCGGGUUUGGCGCUGUACAUCAGCAGCGAUGGCACCACGACGCUCGGCAGUCACGAGGUCAAAUCCCGAAUGCCAGCCGGCGUGUUUAAGCAGGUGGUCAUGGAGAAUCCAAGAUAGUAGCACCAGAAACCGAAUCAGCCGAAUUAGUUGCAGUAUGAGAAGCAGACAGUGUGUAGGUGUAGCAAUACAGCAGCAUUAGUAGGAAAAUAACUAGCCGUAUUAGAAGGUACUCUACCGAUUAUUUAGGACUGGGGAGAGCACGGGGUCUUUAACAGUAACGCAACUACACUGCGGUCAUAAUGAACUGAUUUAAAAACAAAAGAAAACAAACCUAUCCCUAGGAAACUGAUAGCGAUGACUGAUAUCGAGAAAACUGUCGCCGCGCAAUAUUCCUACAGAAGUAAGAAAGAAAAAGUCUUCGCAUUCGUCGUGUUUUAUAUUCUACAUGUAGGGUCUACAAAAUUGUCGCUGCUUUAGCGUUUAAAACAUGCUUCCAACAAAUCAACAGUAGGAAAGUAAAAUUCGUUCCGGAGCUACGCGCAUAACUGAGAUUUUAAAAAGUAGCUGUAUGAUUUAUAUCAGUUUUUUUUUCGUUUUGUUUCGGAAAGCAUUGCUGGCAAGAGAUUGGAAUCAUCGCUAGUUUUACUUUUCCAAUUAGUAGGGAUUACUAAAAAUUUUCAAAUUCGACACUUUUGGAGAAAAUAUUGUCCUUAGGAACAGAAAAAACCAAACCAUAUAAAAUCGUACAUGAAAUUCAACUUCCUUGAGUCACUGUUAUCUAGCAUUCAAACAAUUUCAUUAGUAUUUAUUUGGCUUAUUUUCUUACGUUUUGUCAAAAUACACAAUUAAGAGUGUAUUUCUAAUAUAUUGAAAAUACAAUAAACACUACAGAGGAAGGAUCUUUAACCUGGGAUUAACAAAUUAGAUAAACAAGCUGUGACUAUUGAAAAGCGCGGAUCGCACGCGUUCCGCUGCUAUUCAUCCGAUAAAACCGUACAUCUGUGAAUAGUUAUCCGAGAUAGGGUGAAACCAAUUUAACUUUUUCUAUAGUUUUCAUCAACGGUUAUUUGUUUAGGUUUUCGAGAUUUAUUUUGUUUUAAAUAUCCUUUUUUAAACUAAUUUUCAAAUUGUGUACAGUCUGAAGGAAGCGAUAAGAAUAACUAAAGUUAGCAUUCGCAAUAAACAAAAAUUCGUAGACAUUUACGAACGAAAACAAUUUAAGUUAUUACUCGUUCUAGCUUUGUAUAUAAGUACAGUGUAAAGUAUUUAAUAAUGAUAUUUUUAAAUACACUCUAGGAUAUAAGCCAGAAUAAUUGUUGUGAUUUUUAGAAACUAGUAUGUAUUAUAUCAAAUCAAUGCAGUUCUUGUUGCAACAACACAUCGGAACAAUAAAGCAAAAGGCAAUGGAGUGAUCAAUAAUAAACAAAAUAUUUAAAACGAGCAAGAAAAAGUAUCAUGACAUUGUUUUAUCGUGAAAAAUAAAAUUGGAUCGUCGUCUAGCGCAAAUAAAUUUGAUAAAAAUAACUGUUGCGCUUGAAGUUCACCCUCCCUAAAUCCACAAAACUGAAUUGCGCGUAUAGUUUGAGCUUAAAAUCCGAUAGCAAAACUUCAAUAACCUUAUCUGUCCUUUGAAUACAGUAAAUCAAAUUCCAGAAAAAACAACAACAGAAAAUACAGAAACGCUCCGCGUGCAGCUUGGCACGAAAAGUGCAAAUUUCACAUGAUGCGUAAAAUUAUGAAAAAAAAUAGUUGCGGCUGAAAGAAACACACAAAAAUGAACGAAAUCAUCCCUGGUAACAAAACAUCUAACACAAUAAACUGCAAAUGAAGUAAUAAAACAGAAAUAAUACGAGGCUCAAUCGAAAA